CGUUAUCCCGUCGCGUCGAGUUGCACGAAGUCAAAAGUAUGCAAAUACCUUCUUGCAUUCUUCUCAAAGCCAAUCUUCAUCUAUAAGUGCGUUAGAUAGAGAUAGGUGUCCAGGUAAAUAUGGUAGUGGGAGACACAUUCACCUGACUUUAGACCGUGCUGUGGGGACCCCAGCCAGCAAGUUUAGUUUUGUGUUGUGAAUGCCGAGUGAGUUCGCCGGUUAUCAGAGUUUUUGUCUCAGUGAAUCGUGUUUUCUCGACUAAAUCUCUUAUCUGGAGAUUAAUUUAUCGGAGAAAUCUGGUUUCUUUUGCAGGUUUGUCAAACGAUGCUUAUCGUCUAUGAGAUACAGUGACUUCAAAAACGAAGACAAUGCAUCUAAACGGCGACUCCAUGGAGUCUUCAGUGGAAAAUCAUGAGAUGCUGGAGGCUGAAAGCCGUGGGGUCGCUGGCAGACUGGCGGACCUCGAGCGCAAAGUUCUUGAACAAUCCGAUGAAUUAAUGUGUUUGAAGGCGACCCUGGCCGAAGCCCUGCGUCGCGUCAGUCAAUUAGAAGGCACGAAAAUAAACCACCAAGCCGUGUCGUCGCCUCUUCGCAACGGCGGCAGCAAAGACGUCGUCCGUUUGCGCUCCCACAACUACGCCGCGAAAACCACAUCCUUGGAGGUGAGCCGCAGGAGUUACGGCUCCUCCUUACCACAGAGAAGAGCAGUGCAUUAUCAGUCAACCGGCAGUCUGCACAGUGAUAGUCACAGUUCGAGUAGUGUUUCGCCAGUUCCGUCACCAUCACCGAGGGCCACUCCGCUCCCAGCGAGCAAAAAGCCGCCCUCGAACAGCCCCAGUCCGGUGGGAAAUGGGACCGGGCUGCACAAGAGGUGGAGCUCGACGGGGGAUUUUCACCAGAAUAACGCCACUUCGCCCUCUGGGAUGCACUCAAAGUUUUCGGCAAAGUCUUUUUUAAACCUUUACAAUACAAGGGCUAACAGUUAUCCCGCACAAAAUUACAAGCAUGGGACAAAAGAAGCUACGUUCAACGAAGAGGAAAAAACCGUCAAAAUGUACCUUCGAGGCCGUCCCAUCAUCCUAUACGUCCCAUCCGAGCUGUGCGACAGCUACGAAAUCACCAAAGUAUCAACACCACCUUCACAAAAAUUAAAACUGGACUGGGUUUAUGGGUACCGAGGGCGGGAUUGUCGUUCAAACUUGUACUAUCUGCCAACCGGGGAAAUGGUCUAUUUUGUGGCCGCGGUGGUCGUUUUGUACAACGUGGAGGAGCAGAGUCAAAGGCAUUAUUUGGGGCAUACUGACGAUGUUAAAAGCUUGGCCAUUCAUCCGAAUAAAAUGUUGGUGGCUACGGGACAAUGUGCGGGGACUGACCGCCAAAACGCGAGGCCACAUAUCCGUGUCUGGAACUCCGUUUCGCUCCACACUCAAGCCGUAAUUGGAAUGAAUGACUUUGACGUGUCCGUUUGCUGUCUCUCGUUCAGUAAAGCAGACGGUGGGUCGCUUCUCCUCGCCGUGGACGAGGCCCCAGACCAUAUAAUUUCAAUCUGGGAGUGGCAAAAGGGCGACAGUGGGCACAAAGUCACGGAAACGAAGUGUUCAGUUGACACCAUUGUUGCCGCUGAAUUCCAUCCGCUAGACCGUAACAUUAUUGUGACUUGUGGCAAGUCUCACAUCGCGUUCUGGUCGCUGGACGUCGGUGGAACUCUCUACAAACGAAUGGGAAUCUUCGAAACGCGCGACAAACCCAAAUACGUCACUUGCGUGGCCUUCCUCCAAACGGGGGAGACAAUGACUGGGGAUUCCAGCGGCAAUUUGGAAAUCUGGGGCAGGGGAACAAACACAAUCUGGAAAUUCAUCAAAAACGUGCACGAAGGCCCCAUCUUCUCAAUCUGUGUCUUAAAAGACGGGAGCAUUGUCACAGGGGGCGGAAAAGACGGCCGGAUCGUCCUCUUCGACCCCACUUUACAAAAACUGGGGGAAACCCAAAUCGAGGGCCACUUCGGCGGCAUCCGAGUCGUGUCCGAAGGCUGCGGCUCGCAGUUAAUUGUGGGCACGACCCGAAACUGCAUUUUAACGGGAACUGUCGAGUUGGGCUUCCAGCCAAUUAUUCUGGGGCACACUGACGAACUUGUGGCUCUUGCGUCGCACCCAAGUGUCCAGCAGUUCGCUACUUCAGGCUACGAUAAAGUUUUGCAAGUGUGGGAUGCGCUCUCGCAUAGCAUUCUCUGGAGCAAGGAUAUCGGGGAACAGGCGCAAAGUUUGGCCUUUUCGGUCGAUGGUACAACAGUUAUAGUUGGGUGUGUGACUGGGCGGUGGAUGGUUUUUGAUGUACAAACGCGCGAAAUUCUGGAAAGUCACUCGGAUGGGGCGGAACCCAUCCAGGUGAUCCAGUGUUCGCCUGAUGGGAGCAUGGUUGCGUUGGGGUCGCGCGAUAACAAUAUUUAUAUCUAUCAAGUGUCGGAAGAUGGGCAAAAGUACAACAGGGUGGGGCGGUGUAUGGGUUGUAAAUCAACCCGUGGGAAGGCAAUGGGACAUUCGAGUUUCGUUACUCACAUCGAUUGGUCAACUGAUAAUCAAACUCUUCGGACCAAUUCGGGCGAUUAUGAACUGCUUUACUGGAAUGCGACCACUUGUCGGCAGAUCCCGCAGACGGGCGUGAUGCGGGACGUGGACUGGGCCACCAAUAACUGUACCAUAACGUUUAGUACCAUCGGGAUCUGGCCGGAGAAUGCUGAUGGUACUGAUGUAAAUUUCUGUGAUCGUAGUCAUGAUAGGAAACUGCUGGCAAGUGCUGAUGAUUUUGGCAAAGUGAAGCUAUACAGUUAUCCGGCCUCGCAGCCUCGGUCGUUGUGUCACACUUACGGGGGUCACAGCAGUCACGUAAUGGCCGUAAACUUCUUGCACGACGACACGAGAUUAGUGUCAAUAGGAGGCAAAGACACCGCUGUUUUGCAAUGGACGAUAUCUUAGUCCCUCCACGAGUAUUAUGAUGCCUUAAAGAAACGAGUUGUCGUUUAUUUUAAUUAUUUAUUGUUAAUUGUGCGUGUGAGAGGAUUGGUGACCGGCAUGCUUAACUUAAGAGGCCUUAUGUAACAACUAAUUCAUUCCAAGCUUUCAAGUGCAAGACUCACGAGUAGAACUUGUUUGUAAAUCAAGUGCCACAAACUGUCCAGUUUAGGUGUUUUACCUACAAUUUUGUUAUUUAUAGUUGUGUGAUAAAUAAAGUGGAUAAGUAAACAA